AUGUGAAUGAGAAAGAGGAGCGCGAUUUAAAGGUGCUGGCUGCGCCCGCGGAAGACAAGUGCGCCAGCUUCGCGCCCUCCCCGGAGGCGGGUGGGAGGCAACCGACAGCCGGACGGACAGACGGACGCACCGACAGCUGAGAGCCGGGCUCUAGGGCCCUGGACGCGCCGCGCGCGGGCUCCGACGGGCAAACGGCGGGCAGCGGCUCCGACGAGCCCACGGGGCCCGGGCGCCCACUCCGCUCCGGGGCGCACGGCCUCACCCCGUGCAUCGCCCGCGUCCGCCCCCGCCGGGCAUGCAGCGGGCCCAGGACUGAGGGGCAUCUGCUCUCCAGGUCCCAGUCGGUCCCUGCCCGGUGCGCCCGGCUGUGCUCCCGGCACCCGGCGGGCUUCCCGGUGGCGGCGCGGCGCAGGGACUUUUCGCCUCUCGCGGGCCUCUCCCGAGCGCGUCUAUGAGCGCAGCGUUCCCGCCGUCGCUGAUGAUGAUGCAGCGCCCGCUGGGGAGUAGUACCGCCUUCAGCAUAGACUCGCUGAUCGGCAGCCCGCCGCAGCCCAGCCCCGGCCAUUUCGUCUACACCGGCUACCCCAUGUUCAUGCCCUACCGGCCGGUGGUGCUGCCGCCGCCGCCGCCGCCGCCUCCCGCGCUGCCCCAGGCCGCGCUGCAGCCCGCGCUGCCGCCCGCGCACCCCCACCACCAGAUCCCCAGCCUGCCCACCGGCUUCUGCUCCAGCUUGGCGCAGGGCAUGGCGCUCACCUCCACGCUCAUGGCCACGCUGCCCGGCGGUUUCUCCGCGUCUCCUCAGCACCAGGAGGCGGCGGGCGCCCGCAAGUUCGCGCCACAGCCGCUGCCCGGUGGCGGCAACUUCGACAAGGCGGAGGCGCUGCAAGCCGACGCGGAGGACGGCAAAGGCUUCUUGGCCAAGGAGGGCUCGCUGCUUGCCUUCUCCGCGGCCGAGGCAGUGCAGGCGUCACUUGUCGGGGCUGUCAGAGGGCAGGGGAAAGACGAGUCAAAGGUGGAAGACGACCCGAAGGGCAAGGAGGAGAGCUUCUCGCUGGAGAGCGAUCUGGACUACAGCUCGGAUGACAAUCUGACUGGCCAGACUGCUCACAAGGAGGAAGACCCCGGCCACGCGCUGGAGGAGACCCCGCCGAGCGGCGGCGCCGCGGGCAGCACCACGUCCACGGGCAAGAACCGGCGGCGGCGGACUGCCUUCACCAGCGAGCAGCUUCUGGAGCUAGAGAAGGAGUUCCACUGCAAAAAGUACCUCUCGCUGACCGAGCGCUCGCAGAUCGCUCACGCCCUCAAACUCAGCGAGGUGCAGGUGAAAAUCUGGUUCCAGAACCGCCGGGCCAAAUGGAAACGGGUGAAGGCUGGCAAUGCCAACUCCAAGACAGGGGAGCCCUCCAGGAACCCCAAGAUCGUCGUCCCCAUCCCCGUCCAUGUCAGCAGGUUCGCCAUUAGAAGUCAGCAUCAGCAGCUGGAGCAGGCCAGACCCUGAGGGCCCAGGGAAGGCCAGGACCAGCGUGCAGAAGCCACAGCGGCCGAGGGAACCCAUGGUGGACUCCACCGUGUUUGAAGCAAAACUCACAGCCACCCCCCCCCCCCCAGCUUUGGACAUCCCAAGCAAAUUGAGAGUAUAUUCAUUAAACAGGCUUAAAAGACUGCUUUCGAAGGGGCUACCGUACACCUGAAGGCACACUAAAUAUUUAUUAUACUAUCCUACUUUGUACAUAGAUAUCUAUAUAGACUGGAUCUCAGCUGCAGUAUUUUGAAAGUUAUAGAAACAAACUACUCAGUCACAUCCUCUACCCACAUUCCAGAAGAAAACAAAACCUCUGCUGUAACCUGCCACGCACCUUUCCAUACUUUUCCAAAGGUAAACAUGACGUGCAAGAACAAACACUGGGGUCUACACUUAUUUUUUUGUUUGUUUGUUUCUAGUCUGGCAUUUUUAGUUGACUGAAAAGCAGACGUUUUGGGGCAGCCUGGAAAUUCGCUUUGCUUUGGUUUUGCCUGGCUUUCUUUGCCGAGGUUGCAUCUCCUCUUUGGCCAUGUCUGAAGCACGUCUCCGUUGUGUUUAAUUUAUUUCAAUGUAGCUUAUUUUCCUAUAAGUUAUGACAUUAAAACAAUCUCAGUCUUGUGAAUAAUAAAAAGGAGAGAGAGGGCGGGGGAAAGA